AUGCGCGCUGCAGCCGUCAUCCCCGCGCUGCUCGCCCUCGCCGCUCCGCUCACAUCAGCGGCGCAAUCGCCAUUGCAAUGGCUGGAGCAGCAGCAGCUGAACCCCCCCACUCCCGAUGCCGCAAAGCAAAGUCCUGCCCACCUGCUUCCCCUACCUACCCUGCAUGAGCUCCUGACGCUGCAUCGGGAAAUCGUCAAGAUCGAGUCCAUCAGCGGCAAUGAGUACAAGGUCGGCUGGUGGCUGGUGUCGUACCUGAAGGAGAAUGGGUUCAACGUCGAGACGCAGAAGGUCGGCGUUGGAGAGAGAGGGAACACAAGGUUCAACAUUCUCGCCUGGCCCGGUGACAGAAAAUUCACGAAGCUGCUGGUUACCAGCCACAUAGACACCGUCCCUCCCUACCUGCCCUAUUCCUUCGACACCAAGGAUGACAAGAUAUACGGACGCGGCAGCGUCGAUGCCAAGGGCUCCCUCGCGGCCCAGGUCACGGCCGUCAUCUCGCUGCUCGCCAACAGCAGCGCCCCGCUAGACCCCAACGACGUGUCCCUGCUCUUCGUCGUCGGCGAGGAGACGAGCGGCGACGGCAUGCGCACCUUCUCCGGCUCCUCUCUCAACCCGCUCAACUACAGCGCCGUCCUCUUCGGCGAGCCGACCGAGAACAAGCUCGUCAGCGGCCACAAGGGCAACAUGGGCUUCCGCGUGCACGUGACUGGCAAGGCCGCGCACUCGGGCUACCCGUGGCUGGGCGUCAGCGCGAACAACAUCCUCAUCAAGGUUCUGAGCCGGAUACUCGAUCUCGAAGCUGGCAAGGUCGAGGGCGCGGAGCUGCCGUGGAGCGACAAGUAUGGCAACACGACGCUGAACGUCGGCACCGUGUUCGGCGGCGCUGCCGGCAACGUUGUCGCAGAGAAGGCGAAUGCGACGAUCACGAUCCGCCUGGCGGGCGGCUCGCCGUUCGAAGUGCGGGGGGAAAUUGAAAAGGCGCUUGCGCCGGUGAUUGAGAGCGCGGAGACGGCCGGUGGCAAGGUGGAGCUCGAGUAUCGGAACGCGGGAUACCGUCCUGUUGACAUGAACUGCGAUGUCAAGGGCUUUGACUGCAUCACCGUCAACUAUGGCACAGACGUCCCUUGGUUGGAUGGUGAUCAUAAGCGCUAUCUCUACGGUCCGGGAAGUAUCUUCGUCGCCCACUCGGCCAAUGAAGCAAUUGACGUCCGCGACCUUGAGCGGGCGGUCGUGGACUACCAGAAGCUGAUCCUUGCAGCUCUGAAAGUUUAG